UUGCCCAUGUUAGAGUAAUCUGUAUCGGGCCCGCCUGCCGCUCUGGCCACCCUGUUCCAGUCGGCCGAGUCUCCUGGUCCUUGGAUCAUCCCACAGAUGUUCUCACGUUCAAAAUCACAUGAGUCCAGAAAAGUGGAUCCUUGAGCUGGAAGACAUUCGACCUUUAAACGGCAAUAAAGUGUUUUUUAUAUGCAGCACGGUGAGUGUUUAUGCUUAUGGUGCCAUUUUCUAAUAACAGCUGAACAACAUGGCAAUAAAACUGUUUUCUCACUGCAGUUGUAGAGGCGGGCGAGCUUGAGCAAGUCACUGUCGCUGAACUCCAUCCUCUGGCCGAUGACGUCGCUGAAGGCGGCAAUCUUGGUGACGAUGGUGGGCUCGGAGCCUUUCCUGAAAGCCGUCUUGCUGUAGUGCAUCAUGGAGCCGUAGUCAUAAGGGACGCCCAGCGAGCUCGAGGUGGUGUCGUCAUGGGGGUUUUCGACAAGGACAUUACAUUCCAGUCAAGCAUCCCCGUACCUUUGGACAUUACUGUGGCUGUGGUCUAUUCAGUCUUUGGAAUAUGUUCACUUUUUGGCAAUAGCUCCUUGCUCUAUGUGUCCUACAAGAAAAAGGAGGUCCUGAAGCCAGCUGAAUAUUUCAUCAUCAACUUGGCUGUCAGCGACCUGGGCCUGACUCUGUCUCUCUACCCGUUGGCCAUAUCUUCCAGCUUCUACCACAGGUGGCUGUAUGGAAGGACGGUGUGCUCCGUCUACGCCUUCUGUGGCAUGCUGUUUGGCAUCUGCAGCCUGACAACCCUCACCCUGCUCAGCAUUGUGUGCUUCGUCAAAGUGUGUUAUCCCCACUAUGGAAACAGAUUCAACAGAAUUCACGGUUGCCUUCUCAUCGCCUUUGCUUGGUUCUUCGCACUCUUCUUUGCUUGCUGCCCGCUGGUCCACUGGGGAGAAUACGGCCCUGAACCCUAUGGCACGGCUUGCUGUAUUAACUGGCGCCUAUCCAACCAGCUCCCGACGGCACGCUCCUACACGGUGGUGCUUUUCUUCUUCUGCUACAUUCUCCCAUUCUGUGUCAUCCUGGCGUCCUACACGGGGAUUCUGGCCACAGUGCACGCAUCGCACAAGACCAUGAAGCAGCACGCCUCCAGGCGGAAACACAUGAGCAGCAUCCAGGUCAUCAUUAUCAAGCUAAGCAUCGCCGUCUGCAUCGGUUUCUUCAUUGCCUGGAGUCCAUACGCUCUGAUGUCUAUGUGGGCUGCAUUUGGAAACAUCGAUAACAUCCCUCCUCUGGCAUUCGCCAUGCCGGCCAUGUUCGCAAAGUCGUCCACCAUCUACAACCCGAUCAUCUACCUCACACUGAGACCCAAUUUCCGCAAGAUAAUAUGCAAGGACCUGGGAACUCUGAAGAACCGCCUCUGCUCCUGGAACAAAGGAACGUGCUGCUGCUGCUGGGUGAAAAUCAGGGUGAGACUUCGCUUAGCACCAGAACAGACUCAGCCUCCUGUGGUCGUGUUUCGAGGUCACAAGGAUGCAUUUGACUGCUCCACGCUCUGUCCUCAAGUGCACGGUGUCACUAAACCCGUAGCUGACGGACAAUCAUUGAAGGAUAGGGACAUUCUUCCAAAAGACAAAGAAAAGCUUCAAAGGAGGUCUCUGCUGUGCCAAAUGUGUGCAAAAACGACUGCGGAUAGUCUUCAUAUUGAUCUACAGAUGGUUCCAGGCAAACAAAAAGUGGCUUGGCCUUGAAUUUUCUCUUCAGUCUCUGUUUACCAAAACUUAUUACGCAGGUUGAUGUAUAUAUAUACUAAUAUAUACAGAAUACCAAUGCGUACAAUAUUGUUCAGAAAUGUAUACUUAACUUAGAGUAAAUAUUGAAUACAGUGUAUACUUUUUGUGUAGCCACUGUGGAGUCAGAGUCCGCUCUGCAUGUUUUUGUGUAUGUGGUGAAACCCGACAUCGGUGAAACACAUAAGAUAAGAUAAGAUAUGCCUUUAUUCGUCCCUCAGUGGGGAAAUUUGUAUUGCACAGCAGCAAGAGUACAGAGUCAGUUAAGCAGCACAAAAUACACAAUAUAGAAAAAUAAACAAUAUAAACAACCCAAGUAUUAACAAAAUCAACAGUUUUUCCCAGAGUUAUAUACAAUACAGUAUGUAGAUAAUAUGAAACGAGAUGAGAUAUAUGACCAGUCUAUACACUGAGAGUUAAUAUGACAUCCUGAAGUUGGUAAAGUCAGGCCUUCGGUCAAUAAGUUGCACCAUGGGAGGUAGGCAGGUCUUUACUGGUGCUUCUCUUGGACAUUCCCUUCCUCACCUACAUUUAAGUCAGCCUUUUAGACCAACUUUUAGUCCAUACUCACACACACACACACAGCAAUUUAAGGCAUUGUGACCGAGGUCUCCACCUUAGUUGUUGAGUUCAUGUAGCAACAGGAACCUGUUGAAGUAGUCAUGAAGAACCAGCAUUAAAUUAUUCAGCUAUUUCUAGUAUCAACAUCAACAUCAGAUGUGUAUACUGUACUGCAUCUAUGUACCAUGUACUGUAGAAGACACAAAUGUAUUUGAGCUGUUUAUUGUUGCGAGUUAAUCUGUCAAAUGAUAAUUAUCAACCUUGGGAUUAUCAAUUUACUGUU